AUGGGGGAAGUGCGGCCACUGGUGGCGCAGGACUUAGAAGAGCGGCUGGCGCAGAAGGAGCGUGACUUGCUGGCGGAGAAGGAAGCGGUUAAGGUGGCUCAGGAUGAGCAGGAUCAGCUCCAAGAGAAGGCGCGGAGGUCGGAAGAGUUGGAACGAGCAUUACUGGAGGAACAGGAGGCGCUCCGCAAGGAGGUAGAGUCCCUCAAGCUUGACAAGGUGGCCUUGCAGAGUAGCCGCGAGGCAGAGUUGGACGCGGGCCAAGUUGAGGCUGGACCAGCUUAUCUGAAGUCAGCUGAGUUCCUCGCCUUAGACAAUGAGAAGUACAAGGACAUUGUGGGAACCACUGUGGCCGCCAUUCGACACUUCUUUCGUCGUGAUCAGCCUGAAGUGAAUUGGAACUCUGACCGCAUCUGGGAUGCAAUUGGUUCUUGGGCUGACACAGAUGUGAACUCUGAGAAGGACGAGGAGGAUGAAGUGGAAGAUAGGGCAGCCGUCCAGGGUGAAGGCGAUGGUAGCGAGGGUUCUCCGAAUAUUUAA